AUGUUUUUUCAAAAAUUAAUUUUUGUAAUUAGUUUAAAUGCUUUUCUUCAAGAUAUUUGUGGAAUAAAAUUACCUGAUACAUUUCCAAAAUGUCGUAUUCAGGAUGAAAAUAUUCAAGAAUGCAUGACAAAAUCUGCCCAAACAGUAAUUUCAAUUUUGAAAAAUGGAAUACCAGAAUUAGAUUUUCCAACACUUGAUCCUUUUCAUAUCGAUUCAUUACUAUUACCAGAUCUUGAUGGGCCGGUAACACUGUCUCAAAAGUACAGUAAUGCGAUUCUUACCGGUUUAGGUGAUAUUAAAAUCAUCAAUUUUACGAUUGAUAAGAGUACAUAUCGAAUUCAAGCAAAAGUCACAACACCCCAAAUUACAUUCUAUGGUGAUUACGAAGUUUCUGGACAUAUUUUGGUAUUACCAAUGGUUGGUACUGGAAAAGUGAAUUUUACACUUUCAAAUAUCUCCAGUGACAUUCUAUUAGAAUUUAACGUAAUCGAGAAGAAUGAAAUUGAAUACUUAGAAAUCACAAAAGUCCAUGUACCAAUAGAAGCCGAACAACAUUAUUUUCGCUAUGAUAAUCUUUUCAAUGGUAACAAAACCUUGGGCGAUAAUAUGAAUGCGUUUUUAAACGAACAUGCUGAGGAAGUCGCAGCUGAUAUGAGACCAGUAUUUGAGGCAGCUUGUGAUGAAACUUUCGAAAAGUAUUUAAAUAAAUUAUUCACAAACGUACCAUUAAGUUUGACGAAAAAUGUACUCACAGUCAAAAAAUAUACCGCUUAG